GAUGCAGUCAAACUUAAACAUGAGUUCUACUCAGCACCCGACGACAGCUGAAUCAACUUCCAUGGAGCUCGACCUCCGCUCCUUCAUCCCUUCCCUCGCCGCCGACACCGACGACGCCGACGACGGCCCUCACCGGACAAUCGACGAAAUCCUCAACGAAUGCGACACAUCCUCUUCCUCAUCAUCACCCUCUCCUCCCUCUUCUCCCUCACAAACUUCAAACACCAAUUCCCAACCCGAACCCGUUCCCUUCUCCCGGGUCAAACCCGCCCAAUUCCCCAACCCUACCAGAGCUCCGCGCCCAUUCUCCUCCCUUUUGGACCGAAUCAGACCCAACGCUAAGCCCGGCGCGGCCCUCGCCGCCGCUGCUGCCGCCUCCCGAGCCGUCCCCACUCCCCAUGCCGCCGCGAUCAUCUCCCGGAGGAAAGUUGUCGCCGAUUUGGGGUCCUCGAUCGCCGGCGAUGAUGAUGGUGGUUCUGAUGUUUCUUCAAAGGGGGAAUUGGGCGAGAAAAUCGAUAGGAAAGUUGAGAACAUUGAUAACAAGAUUGAGGGAAGUGAGAGUGAGGGUUUUUCUUCUGCUGAUGCAGAAAUUGCAACUGAAGUGGAAGAGUUGAAGGAUGGUAGUGCUGACAUUCAGGUGCACACUGAUUCUUCUCUUGUGAGUGAGGAGAAGAGUGAUUUGGAUGAAUUUCCUGAGAAUGAUAUAGAUUCUGCACCUUUUGAUGAUGUUGGUGGUAGUGGUGAAAAGGGUAUUGUUGAUUUUGUUGAUGUUGGUGAAAAGGGGAUCACUGAAGCAGAAGAGCUAGUGAGUGGUAGUGGUUUUGUGGAAGAAGGUAUUAGGAAUGAGGUGAGUGAUGGUGGUGGUGAUGAUGAUGAUAGUUCAAUAGGUGAUGUUGAUGUUUCGGAGCUGGUGGAGGAGAGGCUUGAGGAAUUGGAAAGCAGAAUGGUUGCUGAUAGAGCAGAGAAAAAACAAGAGUCUUCAAAGAAGCCACUUGAAUUGGCUGAGGAGCUGGAGAAGAAACAUGCUUCAACUGGUUUGCAUUUGGAAGAGGGUGCUGCAGCCCAGCCGAUGAGGCUAGAGGGUGUUCGGAGGGGGUCCACAACAUUGGGAUACUUUGAUGUUGAUGCUGAUAAUGCUGUAUCAAGGGUCAUUUCAUCCCAUACCUUCAGGCGUGAGCACGGUUCUGCUCAAGUCUUGGCAGUUCAUGCUAAUUACAUUGCAGUAGGAAUGGCCAAAGGUCUAAUAGUUGUAGUGCCAAGUAAAUAUUCCAUUCAUCAUGCAGACAACACCGAUGGAAAGAUGUUGAUGCUUGCUAUACAAGGUGAUCGCUCACAUGCUCCAGUGACAUCCAUGUCUUUUAAUCAGCAAGGAGACCUUCUUUUAGCUGGUUACGGAGAUGGUCAUGUUACAUUUUGGGAUGUACAGAAAGGUGUUGUGGCAAAAGUUAUUAAUGGAGAGCAUACAACACCUGUAGUACAUAUAUUGUUUCUAGGGCAGGAUCCUCAGAAUAAUCGUCAAUUUAAAGCUGUUACUGGUGAUUGUAAGGGUCUGGUUCUCUUGCACAGUAUCUCAGUGGUCCCUUUGCUUAAUAGAUUCAACAUCAAAUCUCAGUGUCUUCUUGAUGGGCAAAGAACGGGUUUGGUGCUAUCAGCUUCACCACUCAUUUUUGAUGAAUUCAGUGGAAGUGCCUCACCUUAUUCUCAGGGAAACACCAUGGUCUCGGCCAGCGGUAUAAGUAGCAUGAUGGGAGGUGUUGUUGGGGGAGAUGCAGGUUGGAAACUCUUCAAUGAAGGCUCUUCUUUGGUUGAAGAAGGUGUGGUUGUAUUUGUCACUCAUCAAACUGCCUUGGUGGUACGCCUGAGUCCUAAAUUGGAAGUCUAUGCUCAAAUCUCUAGGCCAGAUGGAAUUCGAGAGGGUUCCAUGCCAUAUACUGCAUGGAAAUACAUGGCACAAACAAGUAGUUCUUCUGAAAAUAUGUCCACAGAAACUACUGCAAGAGUUUCAUUGCUUGCAAUUGCUUGGGAACGGAAAGUUCAGGUUGCAAAAUUGGUCAAAUCAGAAUUAAAAGUAUAUGGAAAAUGGUCUCUUGACAGUGCAGCUAUAGGUCUGGCAUGGUUGGAUGAUCAGAUGCUGGUAGUUCUCACUUCAACUGGACAACUGUAUUUAUUUGCCAAGGAUGGAACUGUGAUUCAUCAAACCAGCUUUGCUGCAGAUGGUAUUGGAGGAGAUGAUCUAGUUUCUUAUCAUACACACUUGAUCAAUAUAUUUGGGAACCCUGAGAAAGCUUAUCAUAACUCUGUUGCUAUAAGAGGAGCUUCUAUUUAUGUACUUGGUCCAGCACAUCUUCUUGUUUCCCGUCUUCUCCCUUGGAAAGAGCGUAUCUUGGUUUUACGGAAAGCGGGUGAUUGGAUGGGUGCCUUGAACAUGGCAAUGACUCUUUAUGAUGGCCAUGCUCACGGAGUUGUUGAUCUUCCUAGAACCUUGGAUGCUGUACAUGAGGCCAUAAUGCCCUUCUUGGUGGAGUUGCUUACAUCAUAUGUAGAUGAAGUUUUCUCCUAUGUUUCAGUCGCAUUCCGCAGCCAAAUUGGAAAACUGGACCAAUCCAAUAAUUCGAAUAAUAGAAGCAAUUCAGUGCAUUCUGAGAUAAAGGAGCAAUACACCCGUGUUGGUGGAGUUGCUGUUGAAUUUUGUUGUCAUAUCAAACGGACAGACAUUCUUUUUGAUAAAUUUUUUUCCAAGUUCGUGGAUGUUCAACAGAGAGAAACAUUUUUGGAGCUUCUGGAGCCAUAUAUUUUGAAGGACAUGCUUGGAUCUCUACCUCCUGAGAUUAUGCAAGAACUGGUAGAAUAUUAUAGCACCAAAGGGUGGUUACAGAGAGUUGAGCAAUGUGUACUUCACAUGGAUAUUUCAUCCUUGGAUUUUAAUCAGGUUGUCAGAUUAUGCCGGGAGCAUGGACUAUAUAGUGCCCUAGUGUAUCUCUUCAAUAAAGGAUUAGAUGAUUUUAGGGCACCUCUGGAGGAGCUGUUUGCAGUCUUGCAAAAUAGCCAGAAAGAAAUUGCUAUUGCACUUGGGUAUAGAAUGCUAGUUUAUCUCAAAUACUGCUUUACAGGUCUUGCCUUUCCACCAGGCCAUGGAACUAUUUCUUCUAAACGCUUGCCAUCUCUUAGAAAAGAACUUGUAGAGUUUUUGUUAGAGGACUCCAGAUCUCUGAAACCACAGACAGUGUCAGACAUUACAUCCAGAAAGCCAUACCUAUAUCUUUAUCUUUUGUUAGAGUUAGACACUGAAGCAACAUUAGACGUCCUCAGACGUGCUUUCGUGGAAGAUGAAAUUUCAAAUGCCUGCUCGUCUUCACCGGAUUCAGUCGAUGGACCUAUUGAAGAAGCACAAAAAGAAAAUAAUGUUGCUGAAACUCAAAAUACUUUAGUUCAGAACACAGUAGAUGCUCUCAUACAAAUAAUUGAUAUGAAUAUUGUUCCAACUGAUACAACCUCUUUCAGUGCUGAUAAUGAGUUAAUGAAAGAGUGGCCUUCGAAGGACAUAGGUUAUAUGUUUGAGUUCAUUGCAUAUUAUGUUGCUCUCCAAAGAGCUAAAGUUUCUAAGGGUGUGCUGUGUCAAAUGUUGGAAUAUUUGACAUCAGAUAAUCACUUUUCAAAUAAUGUUUCUGUUGAUAGUUCAAGCCCAAAAAUUAGAGAGAAGCAAGUGCUUUCUCUUCUGGAAGUACUUCCAGAGUCAGAAUGGGAUGCGUCAUUUGUGCUAGAGCUAUGUGAGAGCGCCAAAUAUCAUCAGGUUUGUGGGUUGAUUCAUACCAUCAGACAUGAGUAUGUGGCUGCAUUGGAUAGUUAUAUGAAAGAUGUAGAUGAGCCUGUUCAUGCCUUCUCCUUUAUCAACAAAGUGUUCUCAGAGUUGACUGACAAGGACCAUACUGCUAUUCGAUCAGCAGUCUUAUCCAGAAUUCCUGAUUUGGUUGAACUAAGCAGGGAAGGAGCAUUCCAUAUGGUUAUCAGUCAUUUUAGUGAUGAAAGUUCCCGUAUCAUCUCUGAACUCCAUUCUCAUCGAAGAAGUCUUUUCCUUUAUUUAAAGACACUCAUUGAGCUUCACUUAUUUGGCACGCUAGACUUGUCUAAUAUGAGAAAGGUUGAUAUUAUGAAUCCCUGUAAUGGAAAGCAAGUUAUGGAUCUCCCACAAGAAGUCCGUUAUUACUUAGAGAAUAUAUCCCAUUUUCCCAAGUACAUGCGUGAAAAUCCUAUUCAAGUGUCUGAUGAUCUUAUUGAGCUUUACCUAGAGUUAUUAUGCCAGUAUGAAGGUGGUUCAGUUCUCAAGUUUCUGGAAACAUUUGAUAGCUAUCGCGUGGAGCAUUGUUUACACCUGUGCCAAGAAUAUGGCAUUGUAGAUGCUGCUGCUUUCUUAUUAGAAAGGGUUGGUGAUGUUGGUAGUGCUCUUCUACUUACACUUUCUGAUCUGAAUGGUAAAUUUGUUGAGCUUGAUGCUGCUGUGGAAGCUGUAGUUUUAAACCAUCGCAAGGGUGGUUCUUCCCAUAUGGAAGUAUUCAACAAAGUUUUAACAACAAAAGAGGUGAAUGACAUACACAAUUUAUUGCAUGCCUGUAUUGGUCUGUGUCAGCGGAACACUCCUCGUCUAAAUCCCGAGGAGUCAGAGGCACAUUGGUUUAAAUUACUUGACUCGUUUUGUGACCCACUGAUGGAUUCAUAUGCUGAAGACAGAGCACGUGAAAGAAAUAAUUAUUCUGGAAUGCUAACUGGAUCAGUGGAUUCGCACCUGGACAAAGAUACACAUAAAAGCAAUUGGAAAAUUUCGAUGUCUCGAAAUGGUCAUAUCUUGAGAAAAUUGCUUUCCCAGUUCAUUAAAGAGAUUGUAGAGGGAAUGAUAGGUUUUGUUCACCUUCCGACUAUCAUGGCCAAACUCUUGUCUGAUAAUGGUAGUCAAGAAUUUGGCUAUUUUAAACUUACCAUAUUGGGCAUGCUGGGAACAUAUGGCUUUGAAAGAAGAAUUCUGGAUGCUGCCAAAUCCUUGAUAGAGGAUGAUACAUUUUAUACCAUGAGUUUACUCAAAAAAGGGGCCUCUCAUGGAUUUGCUCCCAGGAAUUUAGUGUGCUGUAUUUGUAAUUGCCUCCUUACAAAGAACUCAGUUAGCUCUGGAAUUCGAAUUUUCAACUGUGGCCAUGCAAUCCACCUCCAAUGUGAAGGUUCAGAAGCGGAGUCAUCAAGCAAAGGAUCUUCAUCUGGUUGCCCUGUAUGUUUGCCUAGCCAGAAAUCCAAGCAGUCUAGAAACAAAUUAGUCAUGGCAGAGAAUGGAUUGGUCAACAAAUUCUCAUCAAGACGCCAACACCCUCAUGGAAGUACUAUUUAUCUACACGACAAUGAUUUUUCAGAGAGUACAUAUGGACAGCAACAGAUAUCACGGUUUGAGAUAUUGAACAGCUUGCAGAAAAAUCAGAGAUUUAUGCAAAUAGAGAACUUGCCUCAGUUGAGGCUUGCUCCACCUGCUGUGUACCAUGAAAAGGUAAGUAAAGUAACAGACUUUCUGACUGGAGAAAGCAGCAAUAGAUCUGCAGCCACCGAGAAACAAAGUAGAAACAAGCAGAACCGAGAGCUGAGAGUUAAGGGUUCAUCAAUUCGGUUUCCUUUAAAAUCAAGUAUAUUCGGAAAAGAGAAGACAAAUAAGCGGUGACUAGCUGUUAUUUAAGAACAAGAGAACGGUGUCGGCAAGAGAGAUCAUGCACUAACAAUUGUACAGGCUAACAGCAGAUUUCUUCUUCCCUCUUAGGCUGUCUGUAAAGCUACGAGAUUUGAUGUAUCUCAACCCAUUUUUAUUCUAUUGUAACUUUUUCUAACUGUACAUUACAUGUAAAUGAUUGUUGUAUAUACAAUACACAAGGUUUUGUAUAUGCACAAUGAAAAGCCAUUUAAUUUAAUGAGUUUAGGAUAUUCGAAUCA